UGUUCAUUUGUUUUUCACUUUGUACAAGUAGCUUGAGCAAUGAGGUAAAGCUGAAUAGCUGAUAACAUAUAAACAUAGGUUCCCCACUAGUGCAACUGCCUUGAUUCCUGUGCAUGUUACUCCAUCUCUUUCCCUGUAUUAGUUUUACACUUUACCCUCCCUCUCUUAUGAUCUGUUAUUAUUCUCUCUCUCUAUCUAUAUCUCUCUCUUCUCACUCUCACAUCUUUAAAUUCUCGAUCUUAUCAAUGAGCUUGCUCUCUAUAAGUCGCAACCUUCAAUGCCUGCCUUUAUUUAUUCUCAUUAUCCUUUUCCCCAGAAUAAGAAACUAAAUUAAAGAAAGAGGAUCUCCAGUACUUUUUUGUAUUAUUGUUGCUGAGAACUCUGGAAUCUAGACUUUUUUGUUUAUGAAAUUAAAGCAUACUAUUAAUGUUAUUAUUAUAUUAGUUGCAAGUAAAUGACGCACCCCUCUGACACCCACCACGCUCAUACCCACUAAAAAUCUCUCACCUUUCCCAGUGAAUUAUUUUUGCUAUUCAACCUCUUUACAAGUCUUUUUCCCUCCCUUAACUAGUUAACUGUCAUUAUUUGAGUAGAACUGUUUUCCCUCCCUUCCCUCUGCAUUCCCACAUUAUUUUAUUAGCCAAAUAAAUAUUGAAGGAAUUUUAUGUAGAUUUGAUUUGGGGGGGUAAAACUAUAGGUAGAUUUUGGGUGAAUUUAAGAUCUGAAUGUAAUGAUCCAUGGGGAAGAAAGGUGGUAGUUCUUGGUUGACUGCUGUAAAGAGGGCUUUUAGAUCUCCUACUAAAGAGACUCAUGACAAAGUUAGAAAUUGCAGAAGAAAAGAAGAUCAUCAUCAAACUCCUAUAGCAGAGGACCAAGAUGAUGAAAAGAAGAAAGAGAAAAGGAGAUGGCUUUUUAAGAAGGCAACAAAUCAACAAAACUCACCAUCAGUUACAGCUGUGGAGCAGAGCCCACAUGUAAAGAGUGGUAGUAGUGGUGGUGGUCCUGUUGUUAGUGCAGCAGCCACAGGAAGUGAUGUGUCCGAGCAGAGGCACGCUAUCGCGGUGGCAGUGGCUACAGCUGCUGCCGCCGAAGCCGCUGUUGCCACCGCACAUGCUGCAAUGGAGGUGGCUAGGCUUACACAUACAUCACCCACCAAUAAUAUUGACAACCGCAGAGAAGAUUUUGCAGCUAUUCUCAUUCAGACUGCCUUCAGAGGAUAUUUGGCUAGGAGGGCACUGAGAGCACUAAAAGGGUUGGUAAAGUUGCAAGCUUUAGUGCGAGGACAUAAUGUAAGAAAACAAGCGAAGAUGACAUUGAAAUGCAUGCAAGCUCUGGUUAGAGUUCAAUCCAGGGUGCUUGAUCAGCGCAUGAGAUUAUCUCAUGAAGGUAGCAGGAAAUCUACUUUCAGUGAUACCGCUAGUGUUGUGGAUUCCCGCUAUCUCCAGGAUAUAGCAGAGAGAAGAUCACUUUCACAUUCAAGAGAGCCAAGCAGUUUAGCAGAUGAUUGGGAUGAAAGACCACACACUAUUGAGGAAGUCAAAGCUAUGUUACAGAGUAGAAAAGAUGCUGCUCUUAAACGAGAGAAGAAUCUCUCCCAUGCUUUCUCUCAUCAGAUGUGGAGAAGCGAUAGGAGUUCAGUGGGAGAAGAAGAGUUGGAGGAGAAACCAAGAUGGUUAGACAGAUGGAUGGCCUCUAAACAGUGGGAUUCCAGCAUUACCCCUUCCCCUUCCCCUGCAGUUAGAGCUAGAGCUUCAGCUGAUCAUAGAGACUCAAUCAAAACCGUUGAAAUUGACACCUCACAGCCUUAUUCUUACUUGCCUUCUAACUUCAGAAGAUCAGUUACUUCAACUUCAGCUAGCCAUUACCAUGCUCAACACCACAGUCAACGCCCAUCCUCACCCCUCCACACUAGGGCUCACCACCACCACCACCAGCAUCAACAUCCACCAUCGACCACUCCCUCUCCGUCACGGGCACGGCCUAUCCAGGUGCGGUCCGCUAGCCCACGGUGCAUCAAAGAAGAUAGAAGCUACAACAACAGUCAAGUAUCCCAAACACCAAGCUUGAGAUCAAAUUACUUUUAUAAUGGCAACCUUCAAACCAACCCCAAGGUAGUAGCUGCCACUGCUACCACCGGCUCUAGCAGUGGAGGACCAAAGCCUAAUUACAUGGCUGCCACUGAAUCCGCUAAGGCGAGACUCCGGUCUCAAAGCGCACCGAGACAUCGGCCUUCAACACCAGAGCGGGACCGACCUGGAACUGGUGCCGGGGUCGGUGCCAGCGUGAAGAAGAGGCUGUCAUACCCUAAUCCUGAUCCAUAUAGUGGAAUGGGGUAUGGAAACUAUAAUUUGAGGAGCCCAAGUUUUAAAAGUGUGAAUGGUGUACAAUUGGGUAUGAUGGAGCAACAGUCAGUGUAUUCAUCAUGUUGUACGGAUAGCCUUGGAGGUGAGAUUUCACCUUCUUCAACUAGUGAUCUUAGAAGGUGGUUGAGAUAAUUUGAUUUUUCAUUGAUUGUUUUAGGUGGUGUUCAAUUUGCUGCUAACUUUGCUUGACAGUGAAAGUCAGGGUGGGGAGAGAGGGACUGUGAAAUGUGAAUCCAAUGAUUUGAUAUUGUUAGUUGGUUCAUAAAUGUUUUUUAGUUUCUAGUGAUUUGGUUUUCUGAAUUAAUUGUGUAUUAUCCCAUGUAAUCAUAUAAUUUGUGACUGUCUAAAUGCUGUUCUAAUUCAGCAAUUUGCCCUGUUUCUUUUAAAUUAAAUUGUAAAUUGCAUCGA